AUGAUUGAUGAUCAUCAACUAUGUCUAAACAAGAUAAUUAUAACCUAUCUACAUGUAUCGAGACCUGUUUCUUCAGAAGCAACAGUGUUGCCCACAGCGAACCCUGCACUAUGUGAUCUAGUGGUCCCGGAGGAUCGGGUAGAUUGUGGUGCCCCGGGAGUAAAAGAAGAAGCAUGUAUAUCAAGUGGUUGCUGUUAUAAUAGCACUAUUGGAGGUGUUAAAUGGUGCUUCAACGUAACAGAGAGAGCUACAACACUGCAAACUACAGCUUUACACAGUAGUGUAGAUGAUCACAGCAAUAGUGUAGAGGAACAUAACAGUAGUGUCGUUGCACAUAGCAGUAGUACUGGUGAUGGUAUACACAACCGAGUGAAAAGGUCCAUUAUAGCCGAUGUGACUUUUACAAAUCUGUCCAUAUGUAUAUUUCCAUCAUCCAUGAGACUCGAUUGUGGAAGAAAUGGAAUCAAUGAAACAGAAUGUUGGAACUCUUUCUGCUGCUUUGACAACACGGUGCUUGAUGUACCAUGGUGUUUCCAUCCAAGCAAUGCAACAGAAAUGGCUACAGCAGCUUGGCCACCUACAUCAGAGGAAACAACACUUUCAACUAUCUCGUAUACAGGUAAAAUUGACAUUGGACCAAUUACAGACUCUAAUACAAAUAUUGAUAUAAACCAACGUUUUCUUAAGGACAGCGAAAAUGAAGAAUAUUUUCUUAAACUUGGAAAUAUGAACAGUACUAUAUCAAACACAACUGAUACAACUGAGUCGCCAGUCAACAUUUCACUAACGUCGUUAUAUUUGUCAACGUCUGACAAUGCAACAUCACCUGAUGUCACAACAGAGAUUAACAAUGGCACAGUGUCACUUGAUGUCACUGCACCAUAUAAUAAUACCACACUGCCACUAAAUGUCACAACACUGAUUGAGAAUGUCACAGUAUCAUCUGAUGUUACAACACCCUUUGACAAUACAACGAUACCACUUAAUGUCACGAUACCCUUUGACAAUGUGACAGUGUCACUUGACGGCACUGCCCUAUAUGACAAUACCACACUGCCACGCAAUGUCACUUUACCCCUUUACAAGGUGACAGUGUCACUUAAUGUCACUACAACAUAUAGCAAUACUACUAUGCGACCUAAUGUCACAAUACCCUUUGAAAAUACCACUCUGUCACUCAAUGUCACAUUACCGUUUGACAAUGCGACAGUGUACCUUGAUGUCACUACACCAUAUAGUAAUACCACUAUGCGACCUAAUGUCACAAUACCAUUUGACAAUACCACACUGCCACUCAAUGUCACAUUACCCUUUGACAAUGCGACAGCGUCACUUGAUGUCAUCACUCUGUAUGACAAUACCACAAUGUCACCUAAUGUCACAUUACCAUUUGACAAUGCGACAGUGUCACUUGAUGUCACUACAACAUAUAGCAAUACUACUAUGCGACCUAAUGUCACAAUACCCUUUGACAAUACCACACUGCCACUCAAUGUCACAUUACCCUUUGACAAUGCGACAGUGUCACUUGAUAUCACUUCAACAUAUGACAAUACCACAAAGCUACUUAAUGUCACAAUACCAUUUGACAAUACCACACUGCCACUCAAUGUCACAUUACCCUUUGACAAUGCGACAGUGUCACUAGAUAUCACUACAACAUAUGGCAAUACCACAAAGCUACUUAAUGUCACAAUUCCAUUUGAUAAUGCGACAGUAUCACUUGAUGUCACUUCAACAUAUAGCAAUACUACUAUGCGACCUAAUGUCACAAUACCCUUUGACAAUACCACACUGCCACUCAAUGUCACAUUACCCUUUGACAAUGCGACAGUAUUACUUGAUGUCACUGCAACAUAUGGUAAUACCGCAUUGCCACUUAAUGUCACAAUACCCUUUAAUAAUGUAACAGUGUCACUUGAUGUCACCACUCCGUAUGGCAAUACCACAACGCCACAGCUUAAUGCCACAUUACCGUUUCACGAUGCCUCCAUGUCACUUGAUGUCACAACUAUCAUUAUGACAUCUGUGGAAACAAACGAAACUAUAGAUAUUGAAACCUCAACCACAGCUACAGCUACUACAACAAUAGAUGAUCGCACCGAAGCUCCAGGCAUAUUUACUAACCUAUCGAUCUGUGUGAUUAAUGGAUCAGAUCGAAUAAACUGUGCUGGACCAGGUGGGGAUGAAUUUGAUUGCUGGAACAGAUAUUGCUGCUUCGAUAAUACAGUUCCCAAUGUACCCUGGUGUUUUCAUCCCUCCAAUUACACACUGACAACUGAUUCAGCAACAACAGAUCCAGUUACAACUGACCUGACAACUGAUCCAACUACUGUGGCACAAACAACUGAUCAAAGUACUGUGGCUCAAACAACUGAUCCAACUACUGUGGCACAAACAACUGAUCCAACUACUGCGGCACAAACAACUGAUCCAACUACUGCGGCACAAACAACUGAUCUAACUACUGCAACACAAACAACUGAUCCAACUACUGCGGCACAAACAACUGAUCUAACUACUGCAACACAAACAACUGAUCCAACUACUGCGACACAAACAACUGAUCCAACUACUGUGGCACAAACAACUGAUCCAACUACUGCGACACAAACAACUGAUCCAACUACUGUGGCACAAACAACUGAUCAAAGUACUGCGACACAAACAACUGAUCCAACUACUGUGGCACAAACAACUGAUCAAAGUACUGCGAAACAAACAACUGAUCCAACUACUGUGGCACAAACAACUGAUCAAAGUACUGCGAAACAAACAACUGAUCCAACUACUGUGGCACAAACAACUGAUCAAAGUACUGUGAUACAAACAACUGAUCCAACUACUGCGACACAAACAACUGAUCCAACUACUGUGGCACAAACAACUGAUCAAAGUACUGUGAUACAAACAACUGAUCCAACUACUUUGACACAAACAACUGAUCCAACUACUUCAGAACAAACAACUGAUCUAACUACUGCAACACAAACAACUGAUCCAACUACUGCGAAACAAACAACUGAUCCAACUACUACGUCACAAACAACUCAAACUACUGCCGAAUCAGCAACAUCCAUUACAAUUACUACAGACCACUCAGUUCCAGUCACUACAAAACAGACUGAUGUGCCAACUACCAGCAGAAAUUCCAUAGACUUUCCUGAAGUAAUAGAGCCCGCUGACAAAGAGCUGAAGAUGAAUUUCAGUUUAGAAUUUAAGUCCAAUAGGACUGAUGAAACGUUAAAGGAAGAACUAAAAGGAAAGAUUGCUCACUGCUUUAAUGAAAGUGGCGUUCCAGUAAAAAGAAUUGACAUAAAAAGCCUGAUGAACUCAACCACCUACCCCGAUCAGAAGUUAGACUUUGACGUAGUGUACGACCCCAAGGACAUAAAUAACAAUGGGAUUGACCUGGAGGAAGCUAUUCGUCACAAUGUCACUGAAUGCUUGAAAAAUCUCGAUAUCAAUGGUGUGGAUGUAAAGAAUGAAAGUGUUGACUCUAUAGGAAAUGGGGUUGAUAAAAAUGACCUAUGCGACAACAACCCAACCUAUUGUCAAGACGAGCCAUUCUAUGUUUGUUUCACAAACUCAACUAACGUAUUGUGCAUGUUCAAAUGUUCUCCAACAUUGGUACCUUGUGAUAACACUCAUAUAUGUGACAUCAACAUCGAGGGUGCUGAACCUCAAGGGGAAUGUGUAUGUGAUGAACCAACUAACAUCAAUCUAGUAAUCUUCAAUAACUGGUGUGUACACAGGAUAACUUUCUUCGCAGUAGUCAUCACCAUCAUUGCUGUCUUUGUGGCCCUCAUUGUUGUUCUCUGCGUCUGCCUCAUUUGUAGACGCAGGCGCAAGAAACAGCAUGUAGACGAGAGCAUCAAUACAGAUCCUAUGUACCCAGUGCAAGUUCAAAAUGAGAUGUAUGGUCAUGGUGAUUUCGAACAGAAACGGUCUUCAUUGUAUCCUCCCGUAUACACAGUUGCACCGAUAGUUGCCCUCAAUACACUGGGAUCUCCAGACGAUCACGUCGACGGGAGAGGUAGAUUUGAUGGUGGAUCAAGCUCUCGUAAUAGAUACUUUCCCGAAUCUGAGAGCAGAGGACAUCAUAUAGACAACGGAAGGUUUUCAGAAUCUAUUAGACAAUAUAGUCACUAUGACAACCAUGACUUCUCACAAAACGCCGAUUAUGCAGACACGCUAAAAAAUUUUCACAUUGAACGACCCCACAUCUACAAGAGUACAACAUAUCCGACUCACGUACUUGAAUUAUAAUGCCCUUGUAUGACUUACUAUUAACAAAUGUGGACUAUAAUGUGGGAAUAAGAUUCCAAGGAGAGUGUUCGACGAAUUUCCGGCUUGGGCACUUACUGGAACAGAAUAAUAUAUGCAAAUAUACUUGCUCAUAACACGGAAGUCCAUACUUAUACUGUAGUAAAACUGGGCAUAUGCUUGAUUAAGAUGUAUUAUAGUUGCGGAUAUAUUUGAGUAUUAUCUUGAUCAUUACCCCCGCACACAGGAGACGAAGCGUGUUCGAAGUUGCUAGGCUUGAUGCCAGACUAUGUACAAAGUUGCUACGCUUGAUGAAAAACUAUGUACGAAGUUGCCAUUUUGAUAUUUUUAUUUAUUUGAUGUACAGCAACAUAUAAUUAUUUAAAAUCGGAGAGGUUUGGUUUUAUAAAAACGUAUAACUAUUUACAUUCGAUUUUACCUGUUUAUCCACUUUGAUUUGAAUUUUUGCAAUACGAUUUUGGUGACAUUAAAAACUGAUUGAUUACUAAUUAGCCGUUUUUCAGCUGCGUUUUUGUUCAACUAAUCGUCUUGCACAUAUGAUAAAUUGAU